AUGCAGCAUAUCCGGCGGAUGAGAGAGGGAGAGGAGGCCUGGAAAAACUUUGCGGAGGAGAUCAAGGCUGGAACGAGGAAGAGCUUUUUGGAACUUAUGGAAGAGCGGGGUUUAGUUAACGCAGUGAUCGGAAUGUGGACGGAAAGGCGAGUGGGUGUAUAUGUCGGUGUUGACCCUACAGCACCAUCACUGCAUAUUGGACACAUGUUGCCUUUUAUGGUCCUGGCAUGGGCUUAUGUCCAUGGCAUUAGAGCUGUUUUUCUGUUAGGAGGAUCUACCAGCCAAAUUGGCGACCCUACCGACCGAUUAGGUCCUCGAGCCAAAAUGGCCAGCUUCACGCGCAAGGAAAACAUGGCGAACAUGCACCUUCAGCUUAAACGGCUUGGGAUGUCAAUUGAGAGAUACGGAGCUAAGCAUGGGUACGAAUAUGAAUGGAUAUGGAGACGAGCAAUUGUAAAUAACAAUACUUGGUGGCUCAAAGAACCAUUUUUCGAAGUCAUGAAGACAAUGGGAGAAUCCGUGCGAUUAGGGCCGAUGCUUGGGCGCGAUACCGUGAAGAAUCGACUGCAGAGUGGCAAAGGCAUGGCGCUUUCGGAAUUCGUUUAUCCACUUCUGCAAGCAUGGGACUGGUGGCAGCUCAUCCAACAACAGAAUGUAUUAGUGCAGGUUGGCGGGUCCGACCAAGCAGGAAAUAUUCAGUUCGGGAUGGAUGCAACGAAACCCCUCAUGAAAGCAAGCAACGAAUACUGGCGAAAGCAUGCCCCGAACCCCGAAGACCGUGAAUUAUUGGAGCCUAUGGGUUUCACCACUCCUCUCCUUACAACACCUUCCGGCCAGAAGUUUGGAAAAUCAGCUGGGAAUGCGGUCUGGCUUGAUCAGGACAUGACGUCGAGCUUUGAUCUUUAUCAGUUUUUCUUGCGAGUCCCUGAUGAGAACGUUGAGCAAUAUUUGAAAUAUUUUACAUUCCUCCCCAUAACGGCCAUCAAAGAACUCAUGGAACGGCACGUUCAAGAUCCAUCUAAGAGGGUAGCACAGCACAAACUCGCAUCAGAAUUCGUCGAGCUUAUUCGAGGGCCUGUAGAAGCUGCUCAGGCUGAAAAAGAUCAUCGAAGCAUUUUUGGCGGUCAAACGCCCACCAUUGAAAUGGAGGCCCGCACAAAACGUGACUUCACUCUCCCAGAGACCCAUCCCUUUAACGCACCAUCCCCACAUAUCACUCUUCCGCGAUCGUUAGUUGUUGGUCAAUUUUUCCACAAGGUUCUAUGGUCAGCAGGCAUGGCACCAUCAAAAGCGGAAGCAUUCCGACUUAUCGUCAAUAAUGGUGCAUCAGUUGCGUCGAGGUCUGACUCGACGGCUGUCAUGGAUGAUAAAAUGUCCUACGUUCCCAUCAAAACUUGGGACAAAGAUAUGACGAAGAAAUUCAUCAUUGAUGAUUCCGAUGAUGAUUCUCAGAGUUGGGAAAUGGAAGGUUAA